CAUUCUUAUUGUGAAUUCUGUUAUGCCAUUUAGUAAGUUUGUGCAGUUUUGUGAUAUAUGUACCUCAGAAAUAAAUAAAAAGAAUAUUCUACUUUUGUUUAUUGAAAUGGCUGAAACUGCUCCAAAAAAGUUCGAAUUUAAAUCUAGACACUUGAGUAUUCUUUUGGGAAUGGUAGCGUUAGCUUUUAUAGUUGCAACGGCUGUUUUGGCAGUUGAAAAAUCUGUUCUUGAAAAUAAUCUAAUUGAUUCACGGUAUAAACUUGAUAAAAUGGAAAGUCUAUUGGAAUCAACUUUAAGGCCAAUUAAUACACCAAAUACGCCAGAAGCUUCUAAGUUUGUUCAUCGAGUUUUCAACUUUAAAACACCUAUUGAAUAAUUAAAACUAAUUUACAUAAUGUUCCUCCAGUUAUUUGGUUUUGAAAUUAAUAAA